AUUAGCAACUGGAGCUCGUGUUCUCCAUUCGGGUUCAACUGUUCCAUUCAUAUUUCACUGCACCUACAAGUCUAGAUCUCCACAAUGGCGAUAGUUUCUAGUGUCACAGGCUUUGACUUUUGUGGUAAUUCCUCGGUUGCUAUCUGGAUUCAACUGAUUGGCUGAACAACAUAAAGAACGUCAGACUCUUCUUUUGAUUGGACAUCCUUCCAUCACUGACUGGUCGGGGACUCUGGCUGUGCUUGCUUCUUCUUAGGUCCGGGCAGCACCAUCCGGCUUAAGGGAGUCAAAACUGGCAGCUUGUUUUCUAAAUACAAGGGACUUUUUGAUAUUUUUAUUCAUAUUUUCCUUUAAUGGAUGUAUGUGUGUGCUGCGUAAGGAGAUAGUGUGCGGAACAAACUGAACACACUGGAUCCAAUGGGGAAAAUAAGUUGACUGUGCUGUCGGAAUAAUUGUUUUUUCUCGUUCCAGGAAAAAAAGAGCUAAUUUUACCAACGUGAUUUAGAUUUCUGGAGUCUGGGGUAACGGGAAAUGUGACAUCUGAGGGAGGACAACGGUCCAUAUCCCAUUUCUACAAGACGGCGUAAACGGCAACAUUGUAUAACACCUCUCGUUCGCGUUCUCGCUUUGAUUGGGUAUAUUUGUUCUCGCAGUCUACUGCUCCAUAAUAUGGGAAUUGUUGUUAUAUGCGGAACGUUUGAAGUAUACCAUACUGUUCUUGCAACGCCGAAUACAAGUGGCUAUCAAGCUAGCAACUGUAGCGUGACCUAAAAGCCGAAUAACUUCUGCAAAUUGCAUGCAGCAAAGGCUGUGGAACAUCAGCGGUGGUGGACCAGACAAUAUGGAAAACUUGAGUACAUUUGAAAGAUGAAUGCUGUGCUAUUUCCCAUGUGAUACAUAUCGGGUUCUCUUUUCAUAUCAAUUAGGGGAAAUUGACUUGAGUUUCGUCAGUGGAGAGGGUGCCGCCACUUCCAACAUGAGGGAGAUCUAGGGCCGCGGAUAAUUUAUUUAUUGUGGGGGGUGCGGGUUAUUUUCUGUCGCAUUUUUAUUUGACAUUUUUGACAAGGUGCACUGCAUUUACAUAUUAAUUAUUGUUACAGUUUGGUAGCCUAUCUGCUGUCAGUGCAUGCGGAAAUAAAUUAUAUUACAAUAAGUAGGUCAGAUCCGUGUAAUGAUGAGGCUGUUAGGUAGAGUGAGGCUGCUCUCAGAAUUAUAGCUGACAUGAUUAUUUAAUUCAAACCGUUUCAAGAGUUUUUGAUUUUAUGCAUCGGGUCACAACCAAAUUAUCAGUUAAACACCAUCUGCCCAAUCCCAUAGCAUAUCUCCACCUGGGAUAUUUUCGCGUAAAAUAAACGGCCAAUUUUCACCCAUAUUUCCCUCCUUUUCCUUUCUUUUUGAUUUGUUAUUGAGUGAAUGGCUCUGUGCGGAACAACGGCAGCCAAUGCCGCAAAAAUGAUGGCUGCAUACAACGGUGGCGCCUCGGCAGUUUCUGCCCAUCACCCGCACCAUCACCACCAACUACCACAUCUCCCACCUCCCCAUCUCCACCACCAUCACCACCCGGGCCAGCAUCACUUGCAACACCCUGGCUCUGCCGCCGCUGUUCACCCUGUACAACAGCACGCUUCUACAGCAGCAGCGGCUGCCGCGGUAAUGUUGAACCCGAACCAGCAGCAACCAUACUUUCCCUCGCCAGCUCCUGGACAAGCCCCCGGUCCGGCAGCGGCUGCCGCACCUGCCCAAGUUCAAGCUGCGGCUGUCAAAGCUCACCAUCACCAUCAACACUCACACCACUUACAGCCGCAGCUGGACAUAGAGCCCGACAGACCCAUCGGCUAUGGAGCUUUUGGGGUGGUCUGGUCAGUGACAGACCCCCGGGAUGGAAAGCGAGUCGCCCUCAAAAAGAUGCCCAACGUCUUCCAGAACCUCGUCUCCUGUAAGAGGGUCUUCCGUGAGCUGAAGAUGCUGUGCUUCUUCAAACAUGAUAAUGUGCUCUCGGCUCUCGACAUCCUACAGCCUCCACACAUCGACUACUUUGAGGAAAUCUAUGUGGUGACAGAACUGAUGCAGAGUGACCUCCAUAAGAUCAUCGUGUCACCUCAACCCCUCAGCUCAGACCACGUCAAAGUGUUUCUCUAUCAGAUCCUCCGAGGACUGAAGUACCUGCACUCAGCUGGAAUCUUACAUCGAGACAUCAAACCUGGCAACCUCCUGGUCAACAGCAACUGUGUGCUUAAGAUCUGUGACUUUGGGCUGGCGCGGGUGGAGGAGCUUGACGAGUCUCGUCACAUGACUCAGGAGGUGGUGACCCAGUAUUACCGUGCGCCAGAGAUCCUCAUGGGCAGCCACCAUUACUCCAACGCCAUCGACAUUUGGUCUAUAGGAUGCAUCUUCGCCGAGCUACUGGGCCGACGCAUCCUGUUCCAGGCACAAAGCCCCAUCCAGCAGCUGGAUCUGAUCACGGACCUGCUGGGAACUCCCUCUCUGGAGGCCAUGAGGACGGCAUGUGAGGGGGCCAGGGCCCACAUCCUCAGAGGACCACACAAACAGCCAUCCCUUCCUGUCCUGUACACCCUGUCCAGCCAGGCUACCCACGAAGCUGUUCACCUCCUGUGCAGGAUGCUUGUAUUCGAUCCGUCUAAACGGAUCUCAGCGAAGGAUGCCCUGGCCCAUCCUUACCUGGACGAGGGCAGACUGAGGUACCACACCUGUAUGUGUAAGUGCUGCUACACCACCUCCUCUGGUCGUGUCUACACCAGCGAAUUCGAGCCCGUCACCAACCCCAAGUUCGACGAUGGCUUCGAGAAGAAUCUGACCUCCGUCAGACAGGUCAAAGAGAUCAUUCACCAGUUCAUCCUGGAACAGCAGAAGGGGAACAGAGUGCCGCUCUGCAUCAACCCCCAGUCGGCCGCUUUCAAAAGCUUUAUCAGUUCCACUGUGGCCCAGCCCUCUGAGAUGCCCCCGUCCCCCCUGGUGUGGGAAUAGCUGCUGUCUGUGCCACGAUCCGGCCCCGCGCUGGAUACUGAGGACAACAAGAAGAAACCCCAACCUGUGUAGCAUUUCACUGGAGUCUAGGACUAGCAAUGUCCACUGUGUAUGUACUGUAAUACUAACUAUGAAGUUUUAAAAUGAACCCAAACAACCACUGCUGACUGGGUUAUGGAGGGACUUUUACAGUGUGCUAUGUAUGCAAGUGUCUGCCCACACUGCUCUGUAGAUGCAAAGCCACAAAUGGAUGCACACACACACACAUGUGCAUACAAACAUUGUGCAGAGCUGGUAUAAGGGCCAACCUCGUGGGCUUGAAAGUGUGUGUAAAGCCAGGGAUGAGACAGUAUGCUGCAGAGAGUCCUCGUAGUCUCUGCCUGCAGUCCCAGAGGGCAACAUACAGCUCCCGUCCACUUCCAUACAUACAUAGUCAUUACUUAUUUAUUAAAGGAGGGAGACGCGUUCCGGAAAGGGUGUUCUUUUUAUAUAUAGCACAGGAUUUAAGACACUCCCUGCACACGCUAGUUAACCCCCCCUCUCUCAGAAAUCAUAACGUUCAAUUAGAGAUGAUGCUUUUUAUUUAUUUGUGGUGUACUGUUAAACAGUUUAGUCAGAGGGUUUCAUUGUUUGUUUUGUCCCCCCCAAAAUCCUGCUCUAUUGCUGUUUGUUCUAUGCCUGCUGUCCCCUGAGAACUCCUCACCCGGCACACAUACUCGCAUGACUAACCCAAAUAUGGGCAUGUGGAAGUAUGGUGCUGUGUCAGUAUUAGCUGGGUAAAAUGUGGUAACCCUGGAAUGUGGUUGCAUCAAAGAAUAGGCUAUUAGUGGGAUAGAAGCACCACUGAGAGCUGAAGAGAUCCUCCGCUCUGGGUACAGUAACAUGACGGGGGACAGAGCAAAAGUAGUUUAGGGUACAUAUUGACAUUGUGGUAUUCAGCACAGAUUUUGUGCUACAGGAACAAGAAGGCCAUGUUGGGGUGCUACUUGGUCGUUGCGUUUUUUCUCUGGAGACUCUGAGAGACCGGAAUUAAUCUGCUGUUGAACGUCCUGUACCAUAUGAACAGGCAUGUUAAAUCAAAUCAAAUCAAAUUUAUUUAUAUAGCCCUUCGUACAUCAGCUGAUAUCUCAAAGUGCUGUACAGAAACCCAGCCUAAAACCCCAAACAGCAAGCAAUGCAGGUGGAGAAGCACGGUGGCUAGGAAAAACUCCCUAGAAAGAGUUAAGAUGUUAAGAGUCUAAGGGAUAUAGAUAUUCACUGGUUCCCCUGCCAUGUCUUCUGAAUCUAUAGUCCUACCAUACACUGCAUGUCCAUGUUCUGUCAAUACAUACCUAGUUAAAGACAGACAAGCGAAAUAAUACGAAGAUCAGCCAAACCAAAAUCAUUUAAUUAUUCUGAAGAGAAAGUGAAACCAAGAUUUUUUUAAAUCUAGAUGUUUGAUGAUACGGGAAUGCUGCCAUUUCUGGAAGAUGCUGAUUUAUUCCAUAGGGUCCCAACAAGUGGGGUGUGUGCGUGUUGCUUAUACGUGUGUCCUGUCACGCGCAAAUUAAUAUGUUUGACUAACUACAGUGACUUUCUUUGGUGAGGGGGUGUCACCUUAUCAAGGCAAUGGUGUCAAAGAGAGAGAUCUUCCCAUCAAUUAAUAAGGUGAAUGAAUAAUUUAGCCAGUAAUAUCAGGUCUACUUUAAGCCUCACUCCCCAUAGCGAUGUUUCAUGUCACCUACACAAUAAAAUAAACUCGCAGAAGAAAACUAUUUCAUAUAUUUUUAGAUUAUUAUUUUCUAUUUAUUUCAGUCAAUGGAAUAUGAUAUGUCAAUAGAUGAAAAACAAAUGGAUUUAAAACAAUCUACAAUGGAGGAAAAAUAAUAAUUAAUAAACUCAGAACAAUACUGCUGUAUAGGUGUAUUAGCCUGCACAUUUUUAGGGCUGUGCAUUUGAUUUGAUUUUUGAGACUUGCAUAUAAAUGUAUAUAUUUUAUUUGUUCUUUUCUUAUGUUUUCCCCUGUACACGAGCGUGUAGAAGACAAAUAAUCCCCCCAAAAAUGAUUCAGAAAACAAAUGAAAAAACACAACCAAUUAUGUUAAUUGUGUCUUGUGUGUACUGCAGAGCUGUGGAUAUACUGAAGUAGAAGGCUUUCUUCUUCUUAUUAUUAUUAUUAUUAUUUCUACCUUAGAGAAACACUUUACUAUUGUGUGUAUAUGUAUAUAAAGAAUUACAAUGUUGCUCUCUACCUCUUGAGCUCUAUUACUUGGUUUGUUUACCUCCACAAAUGUAUCAUUUCAUGUGGAGAAUUAAAAAUAAAACUUGAAUGUCCCUUACAGCUUUUAUAUAUAUAUAUAUCAAAAAACAGCAAGUUUUUUUUUCACUCAUUUGAAAAACUAUUUAAAAUUUGCCAGAGGUAGGAUUCAUCAUGCCAUUGUAUUAAAAUACCCUAUCAAUAGCCAAGCAAUUCCAGACUGUUAGUUGACGUUGAGUCAUAUAUUUGAUAGGCUAUGACCCUCCCCGUCUCCCUGUGUAAUAUCUGUGUGUGAAGAGAUUUUGUGUUGAAAUGAAGUACAAAAACCCACUGAUACACAUUUUUAGAUAUACACAAAUAAUAACAAAGCAGACAGAAAUAUGAUGGUGGUGCUGUGAGAGAGACGAACUUGAACUCUGCAACUGAUAUUUGGGCAAAAUUUGGAUAGGUACUACUUGUGCUGUCACACAUUUUUAUAAGACAUUUGAAGUUUAUACUCAGAGGUAAUGUAAUUUGAAUACAAUUUAUGAUAAAUAUAUCAAUAAAGCUCUGCUUACAAGGACCUUAAAAGCCAAUGUGAAGUUGAGACCGGAAAUGACUCCUCGGAUGUGCUCAAGUGUGUGUUGGGAAAAAUGUCCGGUCUCUAACAGUGUAGAUUUGAAGUACAGUGGUGAAACUCAUUAAAUGUAACAUUUGAAAGAA